AUGGCAGUAUCCCACAACGGCAUCGCUGUCAAGAUCACCUGUGAGAACGACAUGAAGAUGAAGUCUCCCAUCAUCCUCUGCUUUCUGCUGGCCUACGCAGCCUGCGCACAGUCUGGCCAUUUCCACGGUGAGGGAUUUUCAGAGACUGAGGAUGAUCUGGCUCUCCAAACUGAGAUGGAGAGAACACAGAAAAUCCCUGGCACCUGUUUCAUCUGCAAGCGUAUCGUAGAGAAAGUCAAGCGCACUAUCUCUAACGACGCUUCCAAGCAAGAAAUCGUAGAAAAGCUUCACCGUGUGUGCGAAAUCCUGCCGGUAAUUAAAGCCAGCUGCAAGAGACUGGUCAGCAAGUACAUCGACAAACUUGCGACGGAGCUCGCGGCUGGCGAUGACGUCAGAACCGCCUGUGUCAAAAUUAAACUCUGCAGACCAAAAGUACUGUGGGAGUGAGGCUGAGCAGACAGGAAGAGGAAAUGUCCAAGUUCCUAGACAGCGCAGAGCUCGCUCGCUCGCUCUCUCUCUCUCUCUCUCUCUCUCUCUCUCUCUCUCUCCCCCACACAGAGCAUUUUCUCAUUCUGUUCUUCUCAUAAUUAAAGGCUUAAGCAGACCCUGGCAUCACUUGCUAAAGACAACAGGCAUUACUUGCAGAAACCCUUGUAAUGUUGCUCAAUAAAACAUGAUUACAAAAAAAGCUAUGUG